AUGCGGCUCCGCGGAGCUGGGGGGACACCCCUCCCCCGACGGCGGCCUCAGGUAGGGCCGGGGUUGGCGGGGCGGCGAGCGCCGGAUCGCUCGGGGCUGGGGCCGGCAGGGAGCGGAGACAAGUGCGUGGAGCUCGAGCGCUCACCGCAGCAUCGGGUCGCGGCGGGCCGGGGCCCUAGCCUUCGCGAUCGCCCCCCUGGGGCGGCCUGGCUACCUCCACCGCGGGUAACCUGCUCGCGCAGCCGGUGCCAGCAGCCGCCCGCCGCUGCCGCCGCCGCCCGCCGGCCGCCGCUCCCCGCUCCGCGCUGCGCUCCGCCCCCUGCGCCGCCCGCACGCCCUGGACCACCUGACGCGGACCUGGCUCCACCCCAGCCCUGCGGACCCUAG